CGGGAGGCGGCGGGCGGGGCUGCGGUUCCCGGCACGCCCUGAAAGGAGGCGGCGUGUGGGCCGCGGGCCCGUAGUCAGCAGAGUGCCCGGUCCGGCAGCGAUGGACGCUAUGCGGCUCUGCGCGCUCUGGCUGCCCGGCCUGACCCUCAUCCGCCCGGGGUCGGGAACGGGCCCCGGAGACCCGACUGUGCCGGCAUGCUCUAAUUUCUCCUUCAAGUCCUGUGAAGACUGUCUAAAAAAUGUUUCAUGCCUUUGGUGUAAUACAAACAACACGUGUAUGGACUAUCCUGUGAGAAGUAUUCUUCCAUCAUCUUCACUGUGUCCACUCUACAGUGCUCGAUGGGGUGUUUGCUGGAUGAACUUUGAGGCCUUCAUCAUUGCCAUAGCUGUAAUAGCAGGACUCAUCCUGCUGUCCAUUGCUGUCUGUUGCUGUUACUGCUGCUACUGCAGAAGGCGUUCUAGGGGUAUACCAGAUGAAGAGGAAGAAAGGCUUGCCAGAGAUCGAGAGGAGAGACGAAUGCAAUCUCUUCAGCGGAAACAUGAAAGAAAAAUGAAACAGGAUGAGAUACGCAAGAAAUAUGGUCUCCUUCAGGAUUCUGAUCAUCCUUACAGUAGAUUUGAGAAUGAAUGAAAACAGACACUGUUGAAUCUCCUCAUCGAAAGCUAAGAUUCCAGGAUAAAUGAGCACUUUUUUAUUUUGCUUUUCAGCGGUCUUCAGGCUGCUUUUUUUGCAAGUUUUCAGACAGUAAAAAUAAGUGCACAAAUAUCUACUAAAAUACGUAUAUUUUAAAUCUGGCAUAUUUACCUUUUUAGAGCUAAAUUUUUAUAAACACUUUUGGUUUUUGAAAUGUUUGCCAAUUGUGCUCUCAUUAAAUGUGAAAUGUCACCUUUCCUCUUCUAAUAAAUCUUUUCUUUGGAAUCUGAUUUAAAUAGCUUCCUAAUCAUGUAUUUGAACUAAUAUCUUAGCUCACAUUUCUCUUAAAAAAAAAAAAAAUUCCUCUGUUCCCAUUUUCCUAAAUAAAGAUUUUCUUUCUAAAUCUGUUGUAUGCAUAUAAGUGGUGGCAAGAGUAAAGGAAGUGCUUGACACUGCAGAAAUAUGGUAUUGAUGUUGACAAGAAAUAAUUACAGCAUACAAAUUCUUUAGUAUCAAAAUAGUAUGUAUAGUAUUUUAAAGAUGCAAAAUGUGAUUUUUUUUUUUAAUUUUUUUUUGGCGUAGCAUAAUCUGAUGUAAUAGAAAUGCUCGUAUAUUACCAGGCUGUGUCCUUGGUGUGGAGAAAAAAGUCUUGAGUUAGUAAAACGGGCACAGAAUCUUUUUGAAAUUCAUGCAAAAUCUGAAUAUACAUUUGUAUAUAAGCUUGAGAGGUAAUAUCAGGCUGUUUAAAACACUUUCUUCCAUGAACAGUUCUCUAAAUUAAAAAUACUGCAUAAUGCCAAGAUAGCAUCAGUUUAACAGUAUAAUGAUUUCCUAUUUUUUUACCUUUGAGUUUUUUGUGGGAAAUGUUCAUAAUGCAUUGAGUUCUGUCAUCUUCCUGGUUUGGUGAAUUUUUGUGGGUGUUUUUUCCCCCUUUUCUCACACAAAUGCCUUCAUUGAGCAUUUUAAAUAACUUGCUGACAUGAUGCAGCAUGAAGAGGUUCAUUCUUUUUUUCUCCUUCAUAUUUAAUGUGAAUUUCCAAUUCCAUAUAGUUGGAAUUUACUGUGUACGAUCUUCUGCUGAAUAAAUUUACAGUACUGAA